AUGGCUGAUUCAACAACCCCAAAGAGGGUUACACGAGGUUCAUCAGCAAUCAUUGAAGCCGAAAGGCGAAAUAAAAUAGCCAGUGAUCCUAUGAAGGAAAUAACAUUCUUUGUAAAACACCAGCCUAUUUUAUCGCCGCAUAUCAGUUCCUACACUAACACCGACAUAAUCUCCAACCUCAAGGAAAAGCUUAGUCCAGAGCAGUACAAACUAUUUGGUACUACCAGUUUUGGAGGAUUCCUUGGUUUGAAGCACUGUGAGGUUCAACAUCAGUUGUUCAGGUUUUUCUAUAUAAUUGAUUGUCAAUCUGAUAACAUGACCAACGGAACUCCUGAUUCUUCUUCAACUCCUGCUAUCUCUCGCACUGUUUUCCAUGAGGAUGAUUAUACUCAUCCAUGUCAUCCUCUCUAUGUGCACCCAUCAGAUGUUUUGGGGACCUCGUUGGUCUCCACUCCGUUUGAUGGAACAGGAUAUGGAAGUUGCAGGCGCAAUAUUCUUGUCGCACUCUCAAUUAGAAACAAACUAGAUUUUAUAAAUGGAAACUCCCAGAAACCUUCACCUUCUUCACCUCUUGCUAGACAAUGGCAAAGGUGUAAUGACCUUGUCAUUUCCUGGUUAGUAAACUCCUUGUCUAAAGAAAUAUCUCGCAGUGUGGAGUAUUCAGAGUUUGCUCGGCAAAUUUGGAAUGAGUUAGAAGAAAGAUAUGGUAAGGCUGAUGGUUUAUGGGAUGAAAUAGCUUCCAUAUCUACUGGUCGAACUAGGGUGUGUUCUUGUGGGGCUAAGUCUGCUGAAGAUGAGGAACAGAGGGCUUAUCAAUUCUUAAUGGGUUUAAAUGAUACGUAUGUCCAAACCAGAAGCAAUAUUCUCAUGAUGAAACCACUUCCUUCAGUUGGAGCUGUCUAUAGCAUUCUGUUGUCUGAUGAAACACAGAGCAAUGUGUCUGCUGCAACUCAGUUUCCUUCUACUUCUGCCUCUUUUAAUGUUGGAGUGUCCAGGCAGAGUUACCCUUCUAAAGUGAAUUUUGAAUCAUCUAAACCAAAUGUCACCUGCAAGUACUGUAAGAAACCUGGACAUACUAUAGAAAAAUGCUACAAGGUCCAUGGUUAUCCCCCAAAUUUCAAGUUCACCAAAACUCCUAACAUUAGAAAGACUGCUGCACAUGUUGAGCUCACCAACCACCCUGAAUCUGGGACUGGUGACAUUCCUGCUGAGCAUGGUACCCUUCCACAGUCUGAAGACAUGUCUGCUAUCCCUGGGCUUACCAAGGAUCAGUACUCUCAAUUGAUGAUGUUGCUUCAACAGUCGCACUUGUCUUCUUCUCCAUCUACCUCAAGCCUAAUGGGGUCAGCCAAUUUUGCUGUAUGGAUAAUAGACUCUGGGGCCUCUGACCAUAUGACUUCCACAAAAAGCUUACUCUUUAAUGUCCAAACCUUACCUGUUCCAUACCUUGUCUCCCUUCCAAAUGGUUAUAAAGUCAAGGUUACCAAUAUUGGGUCAUUGGCUCUAUUGCCUGAUUUGAUCUUGCACAAUGUACUUUAUGUUCCUAGUUUUCAGUAUAAUCUCAUUUCUGUCUACAAAUUACUUUCUCAUUCUGAUGACAUGGUACAGUUUACCAAGGCUGCUUGUACUUUACACGGCCCUUCAGUGAGGAAGCCAGUGGUACUUCGUAAACUGGACAAUGGACUCUACAAGUUGUUCCAGUCUAUCAUUGCUCCUAAUCCAGAUUUCUUUUCUUCUAAUCAUUCUGCUCUUUCAAAUGUUUCAGUUUCUAAUUCUUCUGUUCAUGCUAGUGUAGUUGAUGAAUGCUCACCUGUAAAUACCAUAUCAGCUGUUGAUAAUAUGAAUAAAGAUGAAGUUAUGUCCUACUGUCAGAGUGAUAAUGCCUUAGAAUUGGGCCCUACUGCUUCAGGUUCUAUUUUCUUCUCUGAAAAAGGAAUUCAACAUCAGACUUCCUGUCCACACACUCCCCAACAGAAUGGAGUGGUGGAAAGGAAGCACAGACAUUUGCUUGAGACUGCUAGAGCCUUGUUAUUUCAAUCCCAUCUUCCCAUUAGAUUCUGGGGUGACUGUGUUCUAACUGCAACCUACUUGAUCAAUAGGUUUCCAUCCCCUCUCCUGAAUCACAAAAGUCCUUAUGAGUUGUUAUAUGGUUCUGUUCCCUCUUACUCUCAUCUUAAAGCCUUUGGUUGUUUGUGUUACUCCACUGUAACUAAGUUGCAUAAGGACAAAUUUUCUCACAGAUCCAUCCCAUGUGUAUUUGUGGGUUAUCCCUUUGCUAAGAAAGGCUAUAAACUCUAUAACCACAUUUCCAAAACCUGUUUCAUCUCUAGAGAUGUCAUUUUCUUAGAACACAUCUUUCCAUUCUUCAAGGCUUCUGAUCAGCCUUCUCACAUCUUUUCUUCUCCUCUAUCCACUUGCUUUGAUACUGAAUGUUCUUUACCUCCUCCUCCUACUUCAUCUUCUACUCCACCUCCUUCUUCCUCAUCUAUUGAUCCUCCAUCUCCUAUUUUACAUCCUGCUCCUACUCCCACUUCAUCUCCCAUUCCUUCACCUCCUGGUUCCAAUACUUCUUUCCCUCCUGAUCCUUCACCUGUUGAUCAUUCUAUCCCUCUUUCUUCUUCUACAUUACCUACUCUGAGAAGAUCCUCUAGACCACAUAACCCCCCUAGUUACCUCAAUAGCUAUGCAGCCAAUAUUCCUGAGUGGCAAGAUGCCAUGAGGAAGGAAUUUGAGGCUUUGGAAGCCAAUGGGACUUGGGAAAUUGUGGAGCAGCCACAUGGCAAGAAGCCUAUUGGGUGUAAAUGGGUUUACAAAGUGAAAUAUAAGGCUGAUGGUAGUAUAGAGAGGUACAAGGCUAGGUUGGUGGUCAGGGGUGACACUCAAGUGGAAGGGGUUGACUUUCAUGAAACAUUCUUUCCUGUUGUUUUUAUGAAACUUCCUCCUGGUCUAUCUGUUCCUGCUUCCACUUCUUCUCCUUCUUUGGUCUGCAAGCUCCAGAAAUCCCUUUAUGAAUUGAGAAAUUUCUGCCCUGAAGAGUUUUCUCAUGAUCAGUUCAAGAUCAAGGAUUUGGGUCUCCUUAACUAUUUUCUUGGUAUUGAAGUUCUCUAUACUCCCUCUGGGGUUCUAUUGCAUCAAAGGAAAUUUAUUCAUAACCUUUUAGAUGAGUUUCACUCUCUUGAAUGUACUGCUGUCACAUGCCCUCUUGAAUUGAAUGUGAAAUUGAAGGCCAAGGAAGGUGAACUUUUGCCUAAACCUGAGGAGUAUAGAAGUCUCAUAGGCAAGCUGAAUUUUUUGACCCAUACAAGACCUGAUCUCAGUUUUGCAGUCCAACAUUUGAGCCAAUUUAUGCAGCAGCCUUGCAUACCACAUAUGAAGGCUGCUCUUCAUCUUCUCAGAUAUCUCAAAGGUUCAGCUGAUUUUGGGAUCUUUUACAACAAUGAUCCUGCUAUGUCCUUACAGGUGUUCUGUGAUAGUGACUGGGCCUCUUGCCCUGACAGUAGAAGUUCAGUUACUGGGUUCUGCAUCUUCCUUGGAGGCAGCUUGGUGGGCUGGAAAUCCAAGAAGCAACCUGUCGUUUCACUUUCCUCUGCAGAGGCUGAGUACAGAGCUAUGAGUAAGGCUGUGGCUGAACUUACUUGGCUAUCUAGGUUGUUGUCUGAUUUUGGUGUAAUCCUUUCCUCUCCUGUGCCUGUAUUUUGUGAUAGCCAAGCUGCCCUUCACAUUGCAAAAAAUCCUGUCUUUCAGAGAGGACAAAGCACAUAG